AUCCAGUCUGGAGACGUUACUUCAGUACCAGCUGUGUUGAGCAGCUUGAAUUCCGAAAGCGGGAUCAAAGCUUUCAUGAACAGCGUCGUCAACAGUAACAACAAUAAAAUGAACGAUGAGUCCAGCUCCAGGGAUCCAAUGGUUGAGUCCUCCAGUAACAGCACCUGCAGUGAGCAGAGUCUCAAUAAGGAACCAGUUUGCACUCAAUUGUUGACGCAAUUAAAUACAGCGUACCAACAUUUGGCGCCUGAUGCUCAAGCUAUUGAUAUUAUGUACCUUUUUGAGUUACUUGGGACUGAUGAUGACAAAAUGGCGGUGUGUUACAGUUCUGCAGUCAAGAAAAUGGCGGCAAGCCCCCACUUGUUGGGGGGAACGCUAUUCAGUUGGUAA